AUGGAGGGUGCGCUUGCCGGCUUCCAGCAGGCUUAUUAUAAGCACGAUGCCUUAGAACUUGCGAGCUGCCUCAAAACUGCGCCCGUCGAUCGCCUAUACGAUUUUUGGCGCUCCACGAACGAAGCCAGAGUCGAGCAAAACGUCAAAAACGCGAUUACCUACGGGCUGGGCGGGAUAGAACGCAGUGAAGUGCAGGGCUGGAUAGACGUGUUCGCGGACUUUUGGCGGGCUUCGAAUAAGAUCAUCAAAGCAGAUCAGGCGCAGAAUCAAGGCAGACUUUCAGAGCGACACUCGGUGGAAGUAUACGAUGCAUGGAAGGAUCUGGUGUCAACUUUCCAAAAGUAUAUCGGCAACGGGACGCUGCCACACUGGAUAAUCUUCACGCUGUACUUUGUUGCGAAUGAUUUGAGGAAGUUCGCCAUCAAGGCGGACACACAACUAGCCAAAGCAAAGCCGGUCACCUUCAGUGCAGGCUUCUCGGAUGAUGUAGUGACCACGACACCAAAGAACCAGAAGCUUGAAGAAGCUGCUCGCGUCUUCAGCCGUAUCUUUGCGUUGUGCAUGAGCGACAGAAACCCGAACUUGAGCGAGUCGCGCAAGUGGGCUGUGUACUGCAUAGCGAACCUACAGUUCAAGACAUAUUUCAAGCUUAAAACGAUCACGUUGUGCAAGAACCUUAUCAAAUCAAUUGAAGCCCAAGCAGAUAUGCCUCCAUGGAACUUGUACCCGAAGGCACAUCGGGUCACCUACAUGUACUACUGCGGUGUCAUAGCCUUCCUGCAGGAGGAUUACAACAAGGCAGAAACCGCCUUGUUCAAUGCGUGGGCAUACUGCUACAAAGGAAGCACCAAAAACCGUGAACUCAUCCUGACAUACCUGAUUCCUUGUCGCCUCAUCACUAAGAGCGAGAUCCCAUCCGCUCAGAUCCUCGAGGAAUUCCCGCAUCUUCAGAACCUGUUUGGCGACCUCGUCAGCUCUAUCAAAAAGGGCGACCUUGCAGGCUUCGACAAGGCGUUUGCUGAAGGCGAACCCGAAUUCGUGCGACGGCGCGUCUUUCUUACGCUCGAGCGCAGCCGCGACAUUGCACUGCGCAAUUUAUUGCGCAAGGUCUUCCGUGCAGCGGGUUACGAAGACCUCAAAGAGGGCCAGACGGAGAAGGACAGGAUAAGGAAGACCCGAAUCCCGCUAGCGCACUUUGCUACCGCGCUGAGGAUGGGAUCAGGCGGUGGUCAGAGAGUCGACGAUGAGGAGGUCGAGUGCCUGCUCGCCAAUAUGAUUUACAAGGGUCUCAUGAAGGGCUACAUAUCGCGCGAACAUGCAAUGGUGGUCUUGAACAAGAAGGGCGCAUUUCCUGGUACUGGGGUCUGA